GCGGUGACUCAGGCCCGAAGGAGGAGCCGGGGGUGCAGCUCGGCCGCUGCCAGCCAUGAGUGCCCCGCCGGGCUCCCGGGCUGGGGCCGGGCUGCUGUGAGCCGUGCGCCGCACCAUGUCGCGGGCCGAGGGCUGCAAGGGGCCGGCGGAGGCCGAGGAGGGGCAGUGCGACUCGGGCAUCGACUCGCUGCGCUCGCUGCGCUCGCUGCCCGCCGCGGGGCCCCGGGACGAGCCGCGCGGCCCUGGCAAGGAGGCACUGGAAGCCGAGGAGCGCGUGGACUCCAGCUACGGCUCCGCCUCGCUCACCGAGCCCCUGUCCGCCCUCGCGCCGCCGCCGCAGCCCGAGGAGCGCGGCGCCCUGCACGGCCUGAGCCACCAGCAGCUGGAGGCGCUCGCCUACAUCUCGGAGGAUGGAGACACGCUGGUGCACCUGGCCAUCAUCCAUUGUCACCCAAUGGUGGCAGUCUGCAUCGCCCACCUGCCCAGAGAGGUGCUGGAAAUCCAGAAUGACUUGUUCCAGACCCCGCUUCACCUAGCUGUGUACCUUGAGCAGCCUAGUGUGGUACAGGCACUAAUGCACAAGGGAGUGAACCUAGUUCUGCAAGACCGUAAUGGCAACACGCCGCUGCACCUGGCCUGUGAGCAGCAGAGCUUGCCCUGUGCCCAGCAGCUGCUGCAGGAGCCAGCCCCCGGGCAGCACCCGCAGGACCUACAGCUCCAGAACUGGCAAGGCCUCACCUGUCUGCACAUCAGUACCCUGAAGGGGAACCUGCAGCUGAUGACACUGCUGCUGCGGAGUGGAGCAGACAUUAAUGUCCAGGAGGGCACGAGUGGGAAGACGCCGCUACACCUGGCAGUAGAGUGCCACAACCGCGAGGCAGUCCAGUUUCUCCUGCGCAAGGGUGCCUAUGUAGACGCCCAGAUGUACAAUGGCUGCACACCCCUGCACCUGGCUGUGGGCCGGAAAGAUGCUGCCGUUGCUGCCAUCCUGUCCCACUCGGGUGCUGACACCCUGCUGAGGAACAUGGAAGAUGAGACCGCCCAGGACCUGGCUGAUGGCAACGAUGAUCUCUUGGCCCUCCUGCCUUUCGAUGACCUGAAGAUCUCGGGGAAGCCUGUUGUGUGCUCUGAAUGAGGGAUCAAACUGACUUCGGGGGCUGCCUCCCCCAACUCCCUGUGGGAGGCAACCUGCUGCUGCUCCCUACUCCUUCAUGGACACCUGUAUGCAGCACACUGAGCUGACGUGCAUGGAGAUGCAGCUUGGGAAAUCCUUCCUUUUCUAGCAGAGUGCCCGUGGUCUCUGACUUGCACUCCAAGCAGGGAGCAACUGGAGGAAGGUAGCACCAUGAACACUACAUGAGACUCUUGAAUGGUGCUUUGGGACCUCCAGCUUGUGGGAUGGUACCUGUGCUGCAGAGAGAAGGGUCUGGCAUUCCCUCACACCCUCCCCCCUCAGCUGGGGGCAAUUGGAAGGGGACAUCAGUCUCCACGCUGUACUGGAGAGCAGCCAGCAGGUGGAAUGGCCUCUGCCCUAUGACCCCAAGUAAUAUUGGAGCAAUUGGAGGGCAAGGACCAUCCCUUUUUCCCAAAGAGGCUCUCCGCGACUCCCUUCCUGUUGAAUAAAUUCUUCAUCUAUUUGCCUCUG